AUGAAGUUCUCUGCCAUCGCCACCAGUUAUCUUAUUAGCCUCGCGGCAGCUGCACCCCAGGGAAUUGAAAAGGAUGCCACGUGGACUCUUUCAGACGUGUCUGCCAACAGUACUCCUGGAUUCAAUGGAGCACUCACCACUAGCUACUCUCUGACUAUUACCACCGACGUCUCCCACCAGACCGCUCACUGUCAGGCUGAGUCUCAAGAGACUGGCGCUCCACUCGGUGCAUUGCCCAAAACGAAGUGCGACCCAGAUGUGUUUGCCUUCUCUUGGACUCCGAAGGGACAGGGCGCAUCAGAUGGUUACACCCUUGAGGUCUACGAUGCUACUACCAAACAACACGCCACUCACGACAUCCCGGCAGACCAAAUCAAGGAUCGUCCUUUCGUGAUCAAUGAUGUUCACCCUCACUACUAUGCGGGCCCAAGUCAGUUCAAAGUGAAGACGCAGCUAGACUAA